AUGCCCACCGCCGGCGAUGAACGAGAACGCUCACCGCACCCCUAUGCCCGCCGCGGCCGCCGUGCUGCGAGGUCCGCAGAGAGCAGCAGCUACGAUGCAUCCCAGACGCCAACGAAUCUGUCGAGCGAGAGCGGUACAGAAGCCGAUGAUGAAAGGCCGCCUCAAUAUCUGAAAGCAUUGCCGCCGCCAUUCACACGUCCUGCCAAAGGACUCCGACAGGCUGGAGAUGAUGCAACGGAUGAAUCGCCAUCUCCGCUGCUCACCCCAUCGCAGUUGGACAAUCAAGGUCGCCAUCUGUCAGAAGGUUACUUCGACCACAAGCCGUCACAAGCAAUACCUGAACAGGCCGGGGAAGAUGAGUUGCUGAUAGCUCGACGACUGUUCGUCAAGAGGACGAGAGCUGAACGUAUUCGUCGCAUAUCAGAGGGUGCUUUGCUUGCAGUCAUUGGCCUUGUUAUAAUUCUUGCUCCUUCUGUAACUCAUGCUCUCUGGAACUGGCAUCGAGCAGAGCUCAUCUCUCAACUGGCCGUUAUUGCCCUCCUGAUUGCUGUAUACCCCCUGAGGGUUGUCAUUUUCCGCCCUUCUAACGACACUACUCGGCCUAGAUGGCGCCGCUUUCGAGUUCCUGCCUCGUUCGAUCCUGCUUCAAUCCUCUACCCGACCUUUGUACCCGUCUUAGUCGCUCUUUCGCUGCUGCCUCAGUAUCCCGCCUUACUAUUGCCCAACCUUAUCCUUGGUCUGGCCUCCCUUCCACCCCGGUUGUUUCCUCCUUUAUCUCGUCUCAGCGGUAUAAACACAUUCCAUUGGAUUGUCUCCAUCACCCCGCUCAUCUUCUCCGAGAACACCGAAUUGCCUUCAAUGGCAUUCCCCCCUUCGCCUUAUAAACUCAAGGCUAGCCAGCCUCCGUUCUUGAAACCUGAGCUUCUCACGCUACUGUACCCUCUCCAUCAAGCUCUGCUACCACCGUUACACUACUUGACCACAACCAGUCUCCUAGCUGCUGAGAAGCACCUUCUGUCGGCUGGUCUGAUCAACCUUUUGCUGUUCGCGACAUCGCCUCAAACCGUCAUCUUGCGGGCUCUGCUGUGGAUCGGAGGUGUCUGGCUUCUCAUAUUGUGCACACAUGUCGUUCGUUGGAACGUCGCCCUUGCACGUGUCCCGCGUUGGAGAUUCCGAAAAUUUGGCUCCAAGUCUGGACAUUCAUUUCUUGCAAACAACAAUCUGUUUUCUAGGAUCACGAAAUUGAUUUAUCCAAUGACGCAAUAUCAGAACGAUGACAGCGAUGCCGAUGAGAAUGUCCCAGUCCACAGAGUUCAGUCCCAGACUCCCAAAAGGCCUAAAUUGAAUGUCGACAUUACGCCUACAAGCUCCGACGUCCACGAACCAAAGUCUGCGAUGGAGGCAAAUCACGAAUCACAUCGAGACUCGGUUGUGGAUGCCAAUGACUUCUCUAGGAAAAGGAGACAUACCAUCGCCAGCAUGGACAACCCCGCCCCGAUCUUUACCAAGCUCCCGAGCGCGGCCGCUCAGCGCAGGCAACGUAGGCUUCGCGAUUGGCAUUUGAAUCUGACACUUGAAGGUGCCUACAUGUACAAGUGGGCAUAUGCUAUCUACAUCUUUACCACAAUUGCCUUCGUCAUUCUGGUCCCAGUUCGCAACAAGAUCUCAGAGGCUGCUCUUGGUUCCGCAGAACCAAUCAUCUGGGCAUUUGAGUACCUCUUCUCAGACAUUCCCACUUUUAUCGCUGCCUUCUCCUCCAGGGUCGAUCGCAUCGCUUACAAGGACGAGAUCUUGCAAAAUCUUUCGCUUCAUGGCUCUUCCAUUCCGGGCCUGAGAGCUGCGGUGGGUGCAGCAAACACGCGACUCCUUAUUGUUGCAUACUGGGCAGCUGUCCUGUGUGUCGGCUUGGUCGCAGUGUUGCGUCUUACUCCCUUCAUUGAGGUGGACACCAGACGAAAGGUCUUCCACGCAGUCAUGGUCACCAUGCUUCUUCCGUCCAUUUUUGUGGACCCAUGCUUCUGUUCGUUGGCACUCGGAAUUGUUCUUGCUAUUUUCUUAGUAUUAGAGAUUAUCCGUGCAGGUCAAGUGCCACCGCUAGGCAUUGCGAUUGGAAGGUUUGUGGCACCAUAUGUCGACGGCCGCGAUUUACGUGGACCGAUGGUGGUUAGUCAUGUCUUCCUUCUGAUAGGCUGUGCUAUUCCGCUAUGGCUUUCUCUUGCUGGAAUCGGCAGGACCAAGACUGGCCGCUGGCCCGGCUGGGAAACAGAGAACGAAACACGCGAAGUUGCAAUGGUCGCUGGUGUGAUUUGCGUCGGUAUGGGCGACGCGGCAGCCAGUCUGAUUGGUAGAAGAUUUGGUCGCUGCAAAUGGCCAUGGAUUGGAGGCAAGAGUCUCGAGGGCAGUGGUGCCUUUGCCGUCGCGGUGACCAUUGGUUUGCUCUUCGCAAAGUCAUGGGUGAGAUUCGGAGGUUGGCCAGAGGUCUAUUCGCAAGAGAGCUUCCUACCUCUCCACCUCGACUUAGGCUUCUGGAGUGUACAGAUCAUCAAGAUGUUCAUAUGCGGCUGUGGAGCUUCGUUCAUGGAAGCAGUUCUCACAGGGGCGAACGACAAUGUCGUUGUUCCGGUUGCAUUAUGGCUGUUGGUCAAAAGUCUGGGCGUAUAG